AUGUCAGAUGAGAAUAUGGAUCAAGUUCAAGAAAUUCAGAAAGAAAACGAAGCUAUAACUCUUAGGGACGGGAAAAGACCUCAAGCAGAAGUAGACACGACUUUAGAACCGUUAAAAAAGAAAAAAGAGCGUAUACUCCCAUUCGAGUCGACGUAUCUUCGAUCUGUACCAUCUGCUUCUCAAUAUGAGAAAUCCUUCAUGCAUAUUGAAACAUUAUCGCAUGUUAUUGCUACUGAUACUGACUUCAUAAUAACCGCAAGUAUAGAUGGACAUCUGAAAUUCUGGAAGAAAAAAUAUGGAGAAGGGAUCGAAUUCGUGAAACAUUUCCGAUGCCACUUAAGUGCUUUCUCUGAUAUUGCUGUGAACUUCGAUGGGACACUGUUGGCUACAGCAUGUAUGCAGGACAAGUCUGUUAAAGUCUUUGAUGUUGAAAACUUCGACAUGAUCAACAUACUGAAACUAGACUUCAUACCUAAAACACUUUGUUGGGUUCAUCAAGGAGCCGACAUUGUUGCUUACUUGGCUAUUAGUAAUUCGGAAAACGGUAAUGUUGUCGUUGUUGACGGCAAGGGAACUUCUGAACCCCUGGCCGAAGUUUCAAAACUUCAUUCCGCUCCAGUGCGAAUAAUGGCUUAUAACAGCCAAUAUGAUAUUGUCGUUUCUGUGGAUGAAAGAGGUAUGAUUGAAUACUGGUCAGGAGUGAAAAAAGAAUGUGCGUUCCCUGAUAAUAUUGGUUGGAAGUACAAAACAGACACGGAUUUGUACGAGUAUGUCAAAGUAAAAACAGUUCCAGUAUGCAUAUCUAUGAACCCAAAGGGCAAUUCGUUUGCCAUCUUCUCGCAAGAUAGGAAGCUUCGUAUAUUCAGUGUUCAUACUGGAAAAAUUAUUCACGUUAUUGAUGAAACAAUCGCCAAGCUUGUUUCAGAUGCUAAAGAUAACAAAUACUUUGGGCUACAGAAUAUGGAGUGGAAUCGUAGAAUUGCUUUAGAAAAAGACAUGGAUAAAGAUGUUGAGAACGCCUUCCGGUUUUCUCAAAUAUGCUGGGAUCACUCUGGUAACUUUAUUCUAUACCCCUCACCUGUGGGAGUAAAAGUCUAUAACAUCGUGACGGAAAAAGUAGUCAGGGAAAUAGGUAAAGAAGAAACUGUCCGAUUUCUGAGUGUCUCACUUUGCAGGGCUGUUCCUGAUGUUCGUGCUCGCCUCCAGGGAUCCGCUGCAACAAUCGAAACUGAAGCAGCUGAUAAUCCAACUUUGAACAAAACCACGGAACCUGAUCCAAUUAUGGUUUGCUGCGCAUACAAAAAGAAUAGAUUUUAUAUCUUUACUAAUUGUGAACCUUAUCAUACCGAAGACAACGACGAUGAUUCCGGAAUGAGCAGAGACGUGUUCAACGAGAAACCAAAGAAGGAAGAUCAAAUCACGGCUGUCGAGAAAGAACGGGAGUCGAACUUAUUGUGCGAAAAAGCAAUACUUCACACUUCGAUGGGUGAUAUUGUGAUGAAGCUAUACGGAAGAGAAUGCUCAAGAACUGUUGAAAACUUCUGUACUCUGUCCAGGAGGGGUUAUUACAAUGGUCUUACAUUCCAUAGAGUCAUUAAAUCUUUCAUGAUCCAGACAGGAGAUCCCACUGGAAAAGGUACCGGAGGAAACUCUAUUUGGGGUGCGGAUUUCGAAGAUGAGUUCCAUCCUCGCCUUAAGCAUGACAAACCUUUCAUGGUUUCCAUGGCUAACGCAGGUCCUAACUCUAAUGGAUCUCAGUUUUUCAUCACGGUUUGCCCAGCGGAAUGGUUAGAUGGAAAAAAUACAUUGUUCGGAGAGGUUGUGGAAGGUAUGAGUGUUGUUCAGAAAAUCAAUCAAGUUCAAACAUAUGAAAAGAGUGGAAGACCUAAGACAGAAAUUAAAAUACUCUCUGUCACUCUAAAGUAA